GUCAGUAACAGGUGACCGUGUUCGUGCGCGACAUGGCUUCAAAUGUCUACAAAGUUUAGGUAGCCGGUGAGUGUACAGUGUACUGUAUCGACGGAAAACUAAUUAGAAGAACAUUUGUAGAGAGAGGAUGGCGGGGAAAGGCGGCUUGGCGAGACUGGACGUCGGCGUUUUAACCGCUGAGCAGCAAGAGAAACUGCGGCAGUUCAAGAUCCAGACGAGAAUCGACAACGAGAAGUAUUUGAGGUCGCAUCCAGAGGUGAAGGUUUUGAUAGGCGACUUUAUGAGAGACGUGCUUCUUAAAAGGCCUGAUGAUAUCCAAGAGUUUGCUGCAGAUUACUUCACCAAAACAAACCUUCAUAUGGUUAUUGGCUCCAAAAUGGAAGGAAAUAGUGACGUGGAGUGAAACACACCCAACAGUCACAGUGCUUCCCCACUGUGUCUUUGUCUGCACAGAGCAACACAUGUAUGGACGCUCUUUGUAACACACACACUAACACACUGAUAGGUUGUGUCAGGUCACAAGUUGUUCAGUUGAUAGCAUUCUUGUCAGAUUGCUGUUGUGCAUAUGCAGUAAGCCAGCUAAUAGCGAAGAUGGUAACGACCAUUCUUAAUGAGUGUGAUUAAAGGUUAAUGAGAGGAGGAUUUCCUGUGGGUAUUAUGCGUACAGUACAUCAUGCUGUUUGUCACCAGCAGCAUGUUUUUGAAGGGAUAUGCUGUUUACUGCUUGCAACUACCAUUUCCACCAGAACCGUCAGCAUCUUUGUGGCCUGCAUUGUAUGCCCAGCUGUGAAGUGGACAUACUGUAGUCUGCACGGAUCUGGAUAUGGACUCAAAUACAUGGACCAGUCAAUAUAUAAUAGUCACUUUACUCAUUUGUUUUAUGAUGAAGCUGCAAACAGCUUCUCUCUUUCUUAAGAAAAAGUUUACUCAUGGUCCAGUCUUGUCUCAAUUUUUUUCCUUUAUAUUGUGUUGCCAUCUCCUUUUCCUUUUUUAUAUACAUAUUUAUUUGGGAAAUUAGACUCACAUUAAAUUUUAAAUCGAAACAAUUAGACUUAAUGAAGCAGAGGUUUUCAAACUCUGAAAUACAUUUAUAGCAGUGGAAAUCUCAUAAAUGAGAAACUUGCGUCUUGUUGAAAAAGUUUACUGACUUUAAAUGGAGUUUAUCCACUGAACUGCUGACUGUCUAAGCUGGAUAUACAUAUCAUCCAGCAGCUGUUACAUCUUUUCCACUCGGUAUUCAAGAGCUGCUGUUUUAUGUUUGCUCAGAGCAUUACUGUGCAGUUGUCUUCCUUUGCUUGUUUUGGUUGCGUCAUUUUGUUUGGACAACGCAGCUCUAUAUUGGGUUGUGAUGCGUGGAUUUUAUCUACCCAUCCAUCUUUUCCAGCUGUUAUGUGAAAUGAUAUAUGAGCUGAGGGAUAGUCAUGACAUGCUGUUAUAGAACUUCAGAAAUAAAAGAACAAGUGCUCAUCCAA